AUGCAUCCGGCUUCUUUCAUGCAUUUAUGUGAAGACUUGAGCCCACUGAACAAGAUCCAGCGAGCUGAAAAGGAAGUGAAAGAAGAGUGGGAUAAGUACGAACGAAGUCGCGAGAAACGAGAGGUACAGCCGUGUAGUUUGAGGUGCACUUUCGUGCUGGAACCCAUGAUUGCGAGUUUCAACGAUAUCAAGAUCACACCCGACCUGGCCGAGACUAUGCAAACAUUAACGCGAGAUAAUACCUGGUUCUCACACGUUUCGCUCUGGUUCCGCCUGAGUCGUGAACUUGAAGCUAACGAACACAGGUCACAUAAGGUGGUCUGCCAGUUAAUGUCCUCUGUCUUCGGUGAUACUCGACGCGGUUACGAACUCGCCAAUAGCCGCUACAUUCGUGAAAUUGACGAUACGUUGCCACUCCAGUUAGGAACGGUUAACUUGGAGUGCGAUACUUCCAUGACUGCGACCAACUUUGAGGCAAUGUGCUCGGCCAUGGUGGUGAACCAGAGUACCAAGAAACUCUCGAUGCUGCUUGAAAUGGACCCGGAGGAGUCUGCAACUAGUCAACUUUGGUGGAAAUGGCUUGCCUACGCUCUGUUCUCUAAACGUGCACGCGCGUGCUCAGCGUUGGAAUCCCUAGCGCUUGUUCGGGUCGGUAGCAUGAGUGUAGCACACGUUGAAGCCUUUGCGUCCAUCUUGGCGUCCGAUCAUCCGGAAGAAGUACUAUUUGGGUGCAGUCGAGGUAUUCUCAAUGAUAGAGAUGCAACGAUAAAGGCGGGCGCUCUGAUUCACAACAAGCUCAACAACCGAGGCCAGCCACCCAGAGGCUCCCAUACUUUAUCAUUCCAGACGCCGAUAAUCUCAGCUCGUAUCUUUGGUGAUGACGGGAGUAGUGAGUGGGUGAACGUUCUCGUUCCAGGCUACGGUCGAUGUUACGUACAGCGCACAGACUUGACGCGACAUGAUACGUUUGCAGUCUCUUGUCAUGGCGUGACGGACCUCAAGAUCGAGUUUGAGAGAGACGCCGACUCGAUCUCGGAUGGAUUGCCAAAUUUAUUAGCCGCCAUUGGCUCUUCGUUAAAGUCUCUCACAAUUGAUAUAUCGGGUAUCGACAUGGACGUGAACGCAAUUGUUCGCAACUGCCCCGAUCUGGAGGAAUUAUCACUCGGAGGCGGAGAUAUGAUGGACGUCCGGUUCAAUUUCAGCGUGUAUCAUGCCAAAAAUUUGCCUAUUCCUGACCUCACACUUGAUUGGGACGAUAUCGUUGCACUCGCCAAUACUCUAGUAAUUGCAGACAGCCCAGUAGCCAAGUGUGUGCGUCGGUUGCGUGUCCAUCUGAUCGAUCAGUGGGCAGCUUGGGGCGUCAUUGUGGCAGACCGUAACAAUCGUCCCGCCUUUCAAGCUGGACUACGAGCUCUUCUGGACAUGUUGGCGGUCAAUAAGUAUCUGGAAUAUCUCGAUGUGGUGGUGCCAUUUGGACAUUUUAUCUAUCUGGAAGACUUUAGACGCCAUCACAUGGAGCCUAUCAAUCGAUCGCACACGCUCUCGAUGGACACUAAGAUCGCGUUCCUUAGUGCCAUUACGAGACGUUCCAAGUUACCCGAACAGAAGAUUCAAAAGAGAAUAUCCACCAGAUCAGCUCACGCUACACGUCCGCUCAGUGAACUGAAUCAGAACGUGAUAUCCGCAAUAUUUGCGUUUGCAGCCCCGCGUGUGCUGCGCCAGGUGUAUAUACGUGAUCCGCCUCAGGACCGGUGGGGGAACCGGAAGUAG